CAAUCACUAAGCAUGAGCCAAAAAUAACACCUUCUCUUGUUCAGCACCCAAAGUCGAAGGAUAGCUCUGGCCUUUCAAUUGAAGAAAGUGCUAGAUUUGUCAGUGUUGUAUAUUAUAACUAAUUCUACCGCGUCCGUAUUUGCUUUGGAACGAUCGGAAUAGUCUUCAUUUUAUGUGAGAGACAGAACUGGCGUCAAACAUGCGUAAAAAUCAACGCUGUCCAAGCAGGGAACCACCGAGAAAGGAAUUAUCGCCGCUCAUCUGAGGCCGUUUAUUUUUGUCAAAUAAGGAAACAUAACACAGCUAGCCAGCUAACGUUAGCUCCGUAGAUAGCUAGGUUACCGACAUAUCUUUACGCAAAAGCAGAAUCCAGCCGAUACUCAAGAUUGGAUCUACAUUCGCAACAGCAGGAAAACAAAUCGAGACUCAUCAGACCAGGCAACAUUUUUCCAGUCGUCAACUGUCCAAUUUUGCUGUAGGCAGCAAUGGGUGCAUUCCUGGACAAGCCGAAGACAGAGAAACAUAGUGCCCACGGCGAGGGCAACGGGCUGCGCUAUGGCCUGAGCUCCAUGCAGGGCUGGCGGGUGGAGAUGGAGGAUGCCCACACAGCCGCGGUGGGCCUCCCCCACGGACUCACCGACUGGUCCUUCUUUGCUGUCUACGAUGGCCACGCCGGCUCCCGGGUUGCUAACUACUGCUCCGGCCACUUGCUGGAACAUAUCUUGUCGGGCGGGGCCGACUUCAGUUCAGGAUCCGGCUCCGUGGAGGGAGUGAAGGACGGCAUUCGCUCGGGCUUUCUGAACAUUGACGAGUACAUGCGCAGCUUCGCCGACCUGCGGCAGGGCCUGGACCGCAGCGGGUCGACGGCCGUGUGCGUGUUGCUCAGCCCGAGCCACCUCUACUUCAUUAACUGCGGCGACUCGCGGGCUGUGCUGAGUCGAGACGCCAAGGUGGGCUUCUCCACCCAGGACCACAAGCCCUGCAACCCCCGAGAAAAGGAGCGCAUCCAAAACGCAGGCGGCUCAGUCAUGAUCCAGAGGGUAAACGGCUCCUUGGCCGUGUCCCGGGCCCUUGGAGACUACGACUACAAAUGUGUGGACGGUAAGGGCCCGACGGAGCAGCUGGUGAGCCCCGAGCCCGAGGUGUGUGUGUUGGAGCGGGCGGCCGAAGGAGACGAGUUCGUGGUGCUGGCAUGUGAUGGAAUCUGGGACGUCAUGUCCAACGAGGAGCUGUGUGAUUUUGUCCGCUCACGGCUGCUGGUGUGUGAUGUCCUGGAGAAGGUGUGUAACGCGGUGGUGGACACCUGCCUGCAUAAGGGGAGCAGGGAUAACAUGAGUGUGGUGUUGGUGUGUUUACCCGGAGCACCCAAGAUCUCAGAGGAGGCUGUGAAGAAAGAAGAGGAAUUGGAUAAGUACCUGGAGACUCGUGUGGAGGAGCUAUUGGGGAACUGUGGGGAGGCGGGAGUCCCUGACCUGGUGUCUGUCCUGAGGAGCAUUGCCACAGAGAACAUCCCCAACCUUCCACCUGGCGGAGGCCUGGCCAGCAAACGGAGCGUGAUCGAGGCCGUGUACAACAAGCUGAAUCCUCACAGAGAAGAGGAAGGGGCCUGUGCGGGGGGAGAGGAGGAGAGUGAGGAGGGAGGUGGCAGCACGGCGGCUCAUCUGCUGGAGGCUCUGCGGCAGUUCCGCCUGCACCACCGGGGGCAGUACAACACGGUGCUGGAGGAGUCCCUGGCCGCCUACACGCUGCGGGGGGAGAGCACCGUGGAGGGAGCAGGGGAGGGCCGGAGGACCUUGGAUGACGACAACGGCGGCCAACGGCAGCCCGCCUCCCCUCCCUCUCCCCCCUCGCCCCCGCCCUCACCUGCCACUGCAGAGCCGGAGGCUAGCCAAGAUUCACCUGCCCCAGAGUUCGAUCCCUCCUCUGAUUGAGCAGCGCGUCCGCAUACCUUACGCAACCCUAGAGCUCUAGUCAGAUGUGCCGUGACCUCUCCUCCUCAUCACAGAACUUGAAUUGACACAUUGGCCACUUCCGGCUGCAUGAUGGUCUGCACCUCGUUCAUGAAUAUUUUAGCAAUGCAAUGGUAAUAAAAAUGGCCCCUCUGUCUAUUCAAGUACUGUCUCCCUAGCCACAUGUACACCUUUAAGCCAAGAAGGCUGCUUUCUUUCCCCCUUUCCUCUGAUCAUCACUGCUAUGAUUCCCUCAUUGCCAGCCACUUUUACAUAGAAAAUAAUCAGUAGCAAAUUGUUAUUACCUGCAAAAGUGGCUGGUGAAGAAAAAAAACAAACUUUGCACUCCAUGGCCUACAUUUACCUGCUUUGGCUUCCGGCUGAUCUCCCAUUUGAAACCCGUACCCCUCCCCCCACCACCCUCACCCCCUCUCAUUCCCCAGCCUCACCCUCCUCCCACACACGCUUACAUUGGACAAACUGACAAAGAAAAAGGAGAGCCUCUGAACUGCAGCUCUGUUCAACUCACUGCACUGUCUGCCUCCUCCAUCUACAGACUCAGAACACACACAAGAGAGAGAGAGAGUGUGUGUGUGUGUGUGUGUGUGUGUGUGUGUGUGUGUGUGUGUGUGUGUGUGUGUGUGUGUGUGUGUGUGUGUGUGUGUGUGUGUGUGUGUGUGUGUGUGUGUGUGUGUGUGUGUGUGUGAAAUCAUUAAGGGAACACUUGUGAAGGGGCGGGGUUGGUGGGUGUGUACUUUUAGUGUCAUUUCAUUCAUUAUCAUCCAACAUUAUGCUUAUUUCCACAUCAGCCCAUUUUAGUAAGCUGGCACCCACAAAGCGGUUAAACUUUGUUUUGUUUUUUUGUUUGUUUUUUUUCGGGUGGAUUUCAAUGUCAACAGUGUACUAGUACCAGGUGACCUUUUGGGCCAUCAAAGUAAUUUGUAUUAAAAUGAGACUAAAAGAGAAACCUUUACUAAGAAGGGUAGAUGGUGACGCUAGAAAAGUCCUAUUUUUCCCCCCAAAUUAAACAAUAAGGUGUGUCUGUGCUUGUUUUCAUAGACAUGCGGCCCCCUGCUCUACAUUGAGUGACGGGGAUCAACGCUUGCGUCAACGUUAGCAACGCUAGUUAGAAAACCCUACCGUUGGCAGAGCUCUGCUCCCAAGAGAUCUCCCCCCCCCCCCCCCCAUACAUGCAGCUGAAAUUUCAUCCGUGAGGUCAAACUACUGACAUAGCUGAUAAUGUCAUGGCAUUGAAUUCUACUGAAGGCAUUCAAUGUGUAGUUGUUUACACCAGGACAACAUGUGUUCAGUAUGAGAGGGUUGCGUGUUUACCAUCAGCCCACAGUGAAACUGAACUCAGUAAACCAGGUAUCCAGAAAGCUCCCGCUGCUGACGCUGACAGCCGUUGCUCCCAAAUUGUUGCAGGAUGUUUCAGCUUGAGCAGUUCUUCCUCUUUUGAAAGCAGGUGGAGGGAAUGUUAUUGUAAGCCAGUGUAAAGCCCUGUUCCCAACAAACCUGGUAGUGCGGCGUGCGGUGCACUUAUCUUUUCAAAAAUAUCUAAGGCACUUAACUACCGGAAGGAAGGUUAUGCUAGCACUGCGCAUAUGUGUGUGUGUGUGUGUGUUUUGUGAAUGUUUGAGUUGUAUUUCUAUGCGGUUACGUGGGCCAAAUCACUCCCACACAGUUAACAUGACAAAUGAACAAAAUAAAGAUGUUUUGAGGUAUAA